AUGCCACGGGCGGCCGCGUCCACAGCUGAGAGUACCAGUCGAGCCCGAAGUGAAGAUAACAUAUGCAGAGCUAUCGGGACCUACUUUGGAGAUGCGCUCCCGCUUAGGGUUGCCGUGAUGUGGAAUGUCCUCAGACCAUUGGCAAUUCAAAUAAUUAACAACGGCACUUAUGUCAGUGAGGAUAAACUUGUUCCGUUCGUAGGGGUUAUGAGCAUCCAGCGGUACUGUAAACAAAAUUCGAGACGAGAUCGCCUCCUGCUUCGCAUUGUCGACGAGCAGUUAGCCACCUUCACGGACGAGACUGCGACCAUGGAAGCCGCCCUUGAAGUCCUCAGUAACGAAGAGUUGGUCGAGAUACUGAUCAUCAUCGGUGCCUACUCUAUGCUUGCUCGUAUCAUCAGAGGGUUAAAGAACACUAUAUUGCAUAGAACUCCCAAGCUCUCCAGCUUGAUCACAGAUAAUUCUGGCUAUGUAGACGGGGUUGUGUUGAUUCGAUACGUGGCUGCCUGGUCUUCCAGGGGUAGUUAA